GUUGUGUUGACAUAUUGAGGUGUAUGAUGGCGUCGUGUCUAUUCACGUACCUAUAAGAACUAGUGUGAAAACAACCAUGGCUCAUGAACAUUGGCGCAGUCAACUGGACUACCUCAUCACCCUUCUGGGAUACGGUGUCGGGUCGGGAGCAUUCAUCAAAUUCCCUUUCUACUGCAUUCGCAAUGGAGGAGGAGCGUUCCUGAUACUGUUCAUGUUCUUCACAAUAAUUGGAGCCAUCCCCUGUGUGUUUCUUGAGAUGACCAUCGGACAGUUCUCUCAGAGUGGACCUAUUAAAGUCUGGAAUAUGUGUCCUGCUUUCAAAGGUAUAGGUAUUGGCAGUGUUGUUGUUUCGUGGUUAUUCGUCAGCUACUUCAACAUCAGCUUCACGUGGUAUAUGUACUACCUCUACCACUCCUUCUCCCACAACCUGCCCUGGGACCACUGCGACAACGCAUGGAACACCCCGGCAUGCAUAUACAACAAGAACGCGUCAGUUUUGUCUAAUGAUACAGCGUCUUGUACAACCGACGCUGUGUACUCCAUUAACGGAACAGCCCGUGGGAUGACAGCCGCUGAAGAAUUCUGGAAAUUCCAGCUGUUGGGACAGAGUGAUGGCCUGGACAAUCUUGGAGGUCUAAGAUGGCAUCUUGUUGGAUGUCUGGCCGUCACCACAGUGCUCUUAUUUCUUUGGAUAUUUCAAGGAAUAAAAGUAUCAGGGAAGAUUGUCUACGUCACCGUGGGUGUCCCCUACAUCCUCAUCUUCGUCUUCCUCAUCCGGGGCUGUCUUCUUCCGGGGUCAGCAGAAGGAAUAUACUACUACAUCUAUCCCAAGUUUGACAAGCUUACAGACCCUAAAGUGUGGGUUCAUGCGUGUCGCUACGCCCUAGGUUCCAUCGGUAUAGCCAUGGGGUGUACCAUCACUAUGUCUGGACACAACAGACUAGAUAACAACUGCUUCAGGUAUAUUUUACGUCAAUGGGUUUUCACAGAAAUGUUCCAGUUGUUGUAUCAAAAUGUAUAUAAGAAACAUAGUAUAAGACAGUACAACACUAUUGUAGAACACGAUGUAUGAUACCACAAAAUGUAACAUAACGUCUCGAAUUUACGUUAUGAUUAUCUCAACUCUACCAUAGCAAAAUUACACGCGUAAUGUUAUGAUUAUGGGGGAAACAGUUAUGAGUAGCUUCUAAUGAGUGUGGCCCAGUCGUCUAAAGCGCCACAAUUCGCU